AUGUCCCAAAAGACGUUCGAACUGGAACUAACUCAGACGAGAACCAGCACUAGCGAUUCUCCCAUUUCCGGACAAUCCUCGGCGGUACCUUCUUUACGCGAGGUUCUGGUCUCGUGGCCUUUGGGGAACGGGGGAAUUAUUUAUCCCUCUCGGGACAUAAAUAAAAUGCGUACUUGUGUGAGUCAAGGCCUUGACGACUUAACGGUGCCGGAGGGAUUACUGUCGUUCGUGCAGAAGGUAUUAUGUCAGGUGGGUUUCGGACAGUUACCGGACAGCACAUUGUUGGAGUUGGUUCCAUUAAAUUCCGUGCGGCGUUUGAAGAACGGGAUGGAGUGGAGGUUGCCGGUAGAGCCCACGACAGCGGGCGAAUUGCGGGCUUUGGGGAUGGCUUGCGACAUCAUGCCUGCGGAACUUUGCACAGGCCAGACUAGUUCGGUAUGGAUGGAAGCGUCUAGCGACCUGGAGCAUAAUUGGGGGGACCGGCGACUGGACAGUAUGGUGGACUUUCAGCGUAUGUUGCGACUAUGUCGUGACAACAACGUGUUCCUUGCGGGCCAGGAGAUGUACGAGGCACGGCUGCGCGCCUACUGGGGCAAGUAUUGCCAGCGGCCGGGGCAUUUCUGGCGCGCGUUACGACACCUGGACAGCGCCCGUUCGAAUCCAACCUCGCGCGAACGCGUCCGAUGGUACCGGAAGGCUGUUGGCCGUUUCCACAGCGCCGGCCCCUCACUAGCACUUGCUGACGCUGCGCGCUCUGGCGAAUUCACCAAAAUCUUCGCCCCUGGCGAAGUCCUUCUCGCACUUCAACCCCAACCUCUCGGGACUCUAUCUCCCGCACCCGCACCCGGACCGACCAGGGGGGCGUGGGCGCAUAAGCCGUGGGGCCAAAGCACGUGGACCCAAAGCACAUGGGCCCAGAAGACGAGGGCACCGAGGUCUUGGGUCCCCUCAGGCUCUCGAGCAGUUCCGGGGUCGUGGCUCGCCUCUGGACCGACGGCGCGGAGGUCCUGGUCAGCUGGGCAGGGAGGAUCCCGACACCGGUGGACGGCCGCUGCAUCCUCUAAUCGGUCGACGCGGUACCAGUGGACCGCCCCGGAACAGACUAAAGAGGCUGCCAAUCAAACAACACUGGAGACAGUUUCCGCGGAGAUAACCUCCGAACCAGUUGCCAAGAGAGCCCGGACCGCAUGA